UCACCCAGUGAGUCUCGGAUGGCAUCGAGUCCCCGAAAAAAUUCAAAAAAAUUAACGAAACACCAGCGAGGGAAUGCGCGGCCAUUCGCGCCGACUUCUGUAUCUGCUGUUCCUGGUGAUAUUUCUCCUCCUGGGCACGAGAUUGUUGACGAGCAGGAGCCACCUGGCACCACCUGACAUCGAUUCGGUGGUCAUUACGCAUAGGAGAGGUGAGAGUGCCCGGACAGCGCCUGCGUAUGCACCUGGGAUGUACAUGGCGGGUCGACGGCCCGCGAAUUCAACUUUCUGUGGCUGGAACUAUGGAUUGCCGAGGAGUCUCAGGUAUCCGGCGAGCAGAGUCACCCGGAGCCCUCAGGACAACGGCCGCGGACCCUAUCGGGUACUUCCGUUCGCCAUUCGAGGGGGCAGCGGUGCGAGGAAUGAGAAACUCGUCAAAUUGACGCUCUGCACUCAUGCCACCGCCGAUCAAGUCUAUAAUGUUGUGGAGAUCGUCAGGAGGUGGGAAGGACACGUCAGUCUCACUAUUUUUGCUCCUGGACUCGAUGCUGGACUCGCCGUCGAUCUCAUCGAACGCGCCUGUCUGUGCGAACCCGAAAUGUUCAAGGUAUCCGUCCACCUGAUAUUCCCAGCAGGUCGUCCCCCCGCCUUGUCUCACGUCUACCGUCCAGAGGGUGACUGCGCAGCGUCGGACCUCCAGUGGAGGGACUCCGACACCGAGCGGAAGCAGCGAGGAAUGAUCUACCCCAUAAACAUGGCCCGCAACGUCGCGAGGAGUCUGGCCCCGUCCUCGCGUGUGCUGGUAUCAGACAUCGAAUUGCUCCCGAGUGAUAAAUUGGCGUCAGGCUUCCUCGAGAUGAUCCACGGUAGGCCCCCUCGAUCCGCCCUGAUCUUCGUCGUCCCCGUCUUCGAGAUCGAGGAGAACGAGCGCCCACCGAGGACCAAACGGGAGUUGAUGGACGCUGUGAGGAGCGGUGUUGCCGUUUAUUUUCAUAAAUACGUUUGCGUCCAUUGCCAGAAGUUCCCGGGGAUCACCAAGUGGAUGCUGAGGCCGGACCCCGGAAGGGUGAAACCGUUGGUUGUGACAAAGAGGGAGUAUCCGCAUCACAGGUGGGAGCCUGUGUUCAUCGGGACUCGGGAGGAUCCGCUUUAUAAUGAGGAGAUGUCUUGGGAGGGGAGGCAGGACAAAAUGGUCCAGAUGUUGGAAAUGUGCCUGAUGAAUUAUCGUUUAAUAAUCCUGGACGGUGCUUUUCUGAUCCACACACCAGGAAUAAAACGCAAGCCAUCAAAACCACUGAACAAAGAGAAACCGCGAACCUUCGAACGUGCUCAGGAAAAACGUAACGCUCGAAUAUACCAGAGCAUAACCCGUGAAUUGCUCAAGCAGUACCCUGCUAACCAAAGAUGCAGACAAUAGAGGAAAUGUUCCUACCUACUAAAGUGAAAAAGAUAAGAUAAUAAUUAAACUGUUGUGCAUAUUUUUUGAGAGUCGAAACGAGAGAUAUUUGAGCCUCAUAGAACAUAUAUUUUUCGCUUCUUUGAUUUUAGAAGAGAAUAAACGACGAGUCGCUCCUAUUCCGUCAAUACUUUCACGCGAAUAAAUGUCUUCAAUUAUGCCUUCAUUGCAACUACGCACAGGGACUAUUGUCCCGCUAGAAUAAAAAGAGAAAAGAUAUUAUACAGAGCUUCAGGAAUUGUUGAAAGGUCAAGUGAACAGUGCAAUUACGCUACGACGUUUUGUUUAUUCCUUUUUUUUUCAUUGAUUUUUCGUAUAAUAAUAAUAUAAUAAAAAAUAAU